AUGAAUGCCGCAAACCCGUGGGAAGUUUCGAUUGCGGAACAUCAAGCUAAUUGCGCACAAUUUGCGUCCCUCUAUCCUCAGAAUGGUCGAAUUGAUGGAAAUACAGCAAGAAAUGUAUUAAUGAAGAGUAAUCUGCCACCUCAGUUGUUAGCACAGAUUUGGGCCUUGUCAGAUACAAAUCAUGAUGGUAUGCUCGACGCUCGUGAAUUUUCCAUUGCCAUGCGUCUUACACGAAAUUGUAUCGCUGGUCUUCCGUUACCACCUGCACUACCUCCAUCAUUGAUGCAAAUACCUGCUGGUAGUGGGCCACCACAGGUUAUGCCACAUAUGAAUACAAUGUCGCAACCAAAUGCUAUGUUCACUCCAGAAACCCCAACAAUUUCAUAUGGAACAUCGCCUAUGCAGCCUGUAAUGCCAGCAUUUCCUGUAUAUCACACUGCUCCAGCAGGUAUGAUGGGUAGAAGGCCUUCACAACCGCAGAACGGAGGGAGUGCGCCGAAUCUGAUACAAGGAAAGCAGUGUGGAAAUUGGACUAUUCCGCAUCAGAAUAAGCUCAAAUAUAGCCAACAGUUUAAUCAACACGACAAGCAGCGUGUUGGAUUUCUCACGGGUCAAGCGGGACGCAGCGCUCUUGGUAUGAGCGGCCUUCCGACAACUGCGCUCGCUCUUAUAUGGACGCUUUCCGAUGUUAAUAAAGAUGGAAAACUCAAUGUGGACGAGUUCUGCAUAGCAAUGCAUUUGAUAGAUAUGUUCAAGGCCGGCUAUGCGUUACCUGAUCAAACUCCUCCUGAGUUGGUGCAAAUGUGCGGGAUGUCGAGAUCA